ACUCAAGGGCCCUGGCAACACUGGACAUACCCCUGGUGCAGAGCUUUGGUGCAGAGCGACUCGAGUCAGGUGUUCAAAGUUUAUACGAGAAAAAAUAUCUGUGUUAAUCACAGAAUUUCAUUCAUAUUUCAGUAUUGUGAUUAAUUUUACGAUGGCACCCAAAGCUGGUGGUGAUUCGGCAAAAGCUAUUUCUGGAGUUUACAAAGAUAAAAGUAAACCAACGGAUAUUCGUCUCAGUAAUAUAAAUGCCGCAAAAGCUGUAUCAGAUGCUAUUCGUACUAGCUUAGGACCACGGGGAAUGGAUAAAAUGAUUCAAGCAGCAAAUGGAGAAGUAACAAUAACAAAUGAUGGUGCUACUAUUUUAAAACAAAUGAGUGUUAUUCAUCCAGCUGCUAAAAUGUUAGUGGAACUGUCUAGAGCUCAAGAUAUUGAAGCUGGAGAUGGUACCACCUCAGUUGUAGUCAUUGCUGGUGCACUACUUGAUGCUGCUGAAAAGCUCUUGCAAAAGGGUAUACACCCUACUGUGAUUUCAGAUGGCUUCCAAAAAGCAUUGCAAAUGGCUCUACAGGUUGUAGAAAAUAUGUCAACUCCAGUAGAUUUAACUAAUGAAGAUACACUGUUAAAAGCAGCAGCAACUUCAUUGAAUUCAAAAGUUGUCUCACAGCACUCUACCAUUUUAGCCCCAAUUGCUGUUCAAGCUAUCCGUGCUGUAAUGGAGCCCAUUGUUGGAGGAGUUGGCGCGCGAGUCGAUCUUCGUGACGUAAAGGUGAUAGAAAGGAUUGGUGGCACAGUAGAGGACACUGAGCUUGUGCAGGGCCUGGUUAUCCCACACCGCGCUGCCAACGUCAAUGGCCCCCACCGAGUUGAAAAGGCGAAGGUUGGCCUUAUCCAGUUCUGCAUUUCACCUCCUAAAACUGAUAUGGAUCACAAUGUUAUUGUAUCUGACUAUGCUGCUAUGGAUCGUGUAUUGAAAGAAGAACGACAAUACAUUCUUAAUAUUGUCAAACAAAUUAAGAAAGCUGGAUGUAAUGUACUAUUAGUUCAGAAGUCCAUUCUAAGAGAUGCCCUUAGUGAUUUGGCUGUUCACUUCCUUGAUAAAAUCAAGUGUAUGGUUAUUAAAGAUAUUGAACGUGAGGAUAUAGAAUUUGUGUGCAAAACGCUGGGAUGCCGGCCAAUAGCUUCUUUGGAUCAUUUCACUGCUGAGAAUUUAGUCAAUGUCGACCUCGUCGAAGAAGUCAACGAAUCUGGCGGAAAAUAUGUUAAGUUGACAGGGAUCCCCGGGGGCGGGCGCACGGUGUCGGUGGUGGUGCGCGGGUCGAGCGGCGCGGUGGUGGCGGAGGCGGCGCGCUCGCUGCACGACGCGCUGUGCGCGGUGCGGUGCGUGGCGCGCCGGCCGGCGCUGGUGGCGGGCGGCGGCGCACCCGAGGCGGCGGCCGCUGCGGCGCUCGCGCGCGCCUCCAUUGCAGCGCCUGGCGCCGACCACUACUGCCUGAGGGCCUAUGCAGACGCACUAGAAGUGGUGCCCUCCACGUUGGCUGAAAACGCAGGUCUGAACCCGAUUGAGACGGUGACGGAGUUACGCGCGGCGCACGCGCGCGGUGCCGAGUCCGACGAAGGCUCGAGCGCGGGCGUCAACGUGCGUCGCGGCCGCGUUACCGACAUGCGCGCUGAGCACGUGCUACAGCCGCUGCACGUCACCGCCUCCGCUCUGGCGCUCUCCACCGAGACUGUGCGGGCUAUACUUAAGAUUGAUGACAUUGUAAACACAAUGAAUUAGAGAUGAAAUUCAACCAAGCAUUGAACUAAUACAUUGAUAUGCUUUACUAAUUUUAUUGAUAUCUCAAGAAAGAGAUGUGGAAUGUGGACACAUCUUAGCUUCAAUUGAAAUUUAAUAUGUAUUACAAUACCAAAAAAUAAUCUUUGUUGGAUUUUAAAUACCAGUGAAUUUCAGUUCUAAUAUUAUGCGGUAUUUAAAUGUAGACAAUAGGAUGUUUUACUUUGUUAGUAUUAUUUCAGCAUUAUUGUUUACCAAAUAAUAAACUUCUGACAACCGAAAAUAUUUUUAGUCGCAAUAAUGUAAACUGUUCACUGUAUUUAACUGCUUUAAGGCCUGAUUCACAGCUACUGAACUGCUAUUUGUCACAUAUAAGCCGAUCAAAUAAAGUCGGUCUCUAUUCUAUGCCUUUAAUUAAUGAUAAUAAAAUGAAUACCUAUGUACUGUUUUAAUUACUUACUUGUUUUUGUUGUUUAACCCAAAUAGGAUCGGGGCUGUCAAAAAUUGCUAAAGUAUAAUAGAUUUUAUUUCAUUUUCAUUAAGUCGCUCUCACUUAUCAGUUGAGUGAUUGAUAGGAUACUUGUCAAAUAAAAUAUACUUGAAACUUGUGAAACAGGUCCUUAGUAUCUUAUGCAACUGAGUAAUGUCAAUACCUACACUUAGCUUAUUAUGAUACUAAAUUGUAUGUUGCCUGUACUUUUAUAUUUUGUAGUAUAUACAAAAUUAUUGGUCUAGGUAUUUAAAAUUUAAUUAAAUGAACUAAUACAUUUUACCUUGGCGA